AAAAAAAGAAAAAAAAAAAAUUCUACAUACUAGUCCUUGUUCUUAACUUUCCUCCAAAAUCAAAUAACCUCAGCUGCAUACACUACCCUAAUCUUCACCAUCUCUCUUCCUUCCUACACUAAUCAAACACACACUGCAAUUCAAUUCAAGGUGAAGGAGUGAAUCGAAUAUGUCGAGUGCUGUAGAUGCUGCUGGAAACCCGAUCCCAACAUCAGCGGUGUUGAUGGCAUCUUCGAAGCACAUUGGGCUAAGAUGUCAUUCGGAGAAUCUGGAGUUUCUGAAAUGUAAGAAGAAAGAUCAGAAUCCUGAAAAGUGCCUUGAUAAGGGACGUGAUGUUACUCGCUGUGUCCUUGGACUUCUCAAGGAUCUACACCAAAAGUGCACAAAGGAGAUGGACGAUUACGUUGGUUGCAUGUACUACCAUACAAAUGAAUUUGACUUGUGCCGCAAAGAGCAGGAAGCAUUUGAGAAAAAAUGUUCUUUGGAAUGAAAUCAGCACACUGCUCUUGUUCAAAAUAAUAUCACAGGCAAUUUGGAGUUGAGCAAAUGCGCCUGUUUCACAAAUUCAUUUGAUCUUUUGUCUGUUUGUAUGAAUCUUAGCCAUCGACUAUGUUGGUCAUCUAUAUGCUUCUGGAGAAAUGCUUCAUGCAGGACAAAACAAUCCUCUUCAAACAUAAUAACUGAGUAGAGAUUUUGAAGUUGGAACAUGCUUGCAAUUUAAUUGUGUUCAAAAUGCACAUUUUUAUUGUGCUGUUAGAUAAAUUGGUGUCAUCCCAAACUAUAGCUAUGAUGACCUUGUUGGUUUUUGCUAACUGAUUUAAACACAAGAAACACUCCAUAUUGAUUUUUUCUAUUGCA